AUGGACUCGGCACAGUCAGCAACCCGACUAGCCAUGUUCUCCAAAGUCCGGAUUGAGGCGCGGACGUUAGAGGCAGACUGCGACCAGCUGCUCUCGCGAUACUCGUCGCUGGGACCACACGCUGAGAACGCCGGCACUGUAGCCAACAGUAUCCAAGACAAUCUCAAUGAGCGCGCAGACAAAGUUGAGAGCCUGUUUGAGCUUGCAAGCGAGCCGGAAGCAUCAAGCGCAUGGAGACAUCAAGCACAACGGCACCAUGAAGUGCUAGAGGAUCACAAAAAGACGUUUAGUAGGCUUUCCAACCAGUACAAACUUGAGCAGAACCGCGAAAACCUCUUAUCUUCUGUUCGCUCCGACAUCGAAAGUCACCGUGCACGCACUCCGCAGGACGAAAGUACGUACUACGCAGACGAGCGAGGCCGUAUUGAGCAAUCAAACUCAUUGGCUGAUAGUCUUUUGCAGCAGGCGUUCUGA